AAAAAGUACAUCAAUAGUAAAUAGAUUUUACCUUGAGUGUUACAAUGCUUUAAUGUAAUUAUUCCAGUAAUCAGGACAGGAUGUAAUCCAUAUAUCUGUAUAUAUACAAAUCAGUUCUAAAUCCAUUCACAUUGCUAGAAAUCAGGGAUAUAAUUUACCAUGCCAACAAUGAAGAAAACUCAUCUCAUAGUUCUCUUAGUUGUGUCUAUUUCAAAGUUAAAGGCUGAAAUUGAUGAAAAAAACUGUGAAAUUGAAACUAAUGUUAUAGAAAGUGAAGUCAAUAACUAUCGACACUUCAGGCUUCCUCAAACAAAGGAAGGAAAGUGCUAUGGGGCAUGUGUCAUGAAAUCUGUAUCUAUUAUUAACUCUCGUGGAAAGAUAAGUUCAAGAAAAGUCGAACAAAUAGCAAAGGAGCUUAGAAACUCACAAGAACAGGCAAUGAGAUUUGCGGAUAUCAAAAGAUGCAGUCAUUCAGCUAAUCAAUUAAAUGAUGAGUGUGAAACAGCGUAUAAUUUCAUGAAAUGUUUGUCAGCAUUCAAGCCUGAAAAGCUGGCUAAAACAGGAAGCUUUAUCAGUAUCUCACCUCCAACAGUUUCAGUUAAUUUACCACCGGUCACAUUUGUACUUUUUCAAUUGAGUGGC